AAAGAGGCCGCUCAGAAGAGGAAACCGGCUAGGUGAUUUAUAUGGCUGGCACUUGUACUGUCUACAAUGGAGACAGGUAGCCCUUCUGAAAACACAGACUGUUCAUCGCGAACUCCAUUUCAAGAAUAUGAUAUAACAGAAAACCCACUCUUAGCAGACGAUAUUCAAAACGAUGCACUGCUUUCAUAUCCUACCAAAACACAACACAAGGGAGGUAAUUCAGAAUCAUCAUCAGAACAGCAGAAUCAACCUUUACUAGAUCUGCAGACUAAUCAGGACAACAAGGAUUCAGAUUCUAGUCAGGAUGAUUUACUCGAACUGACAUGUCCCAGAGUCAACUGCCCGGAGAAAAUUAUAAUAUGCCUGGAUUUGAGUGCUGAAAUGGAUAAAGUGACCUUUAGGUCUAGAUCAGGAGAUAAAUGGACUCCAUUGAAGUUGAUAAAAAGAGCAUUGAGAUUAUUCUUGCAAAGUAAGAGCAGAAUUAACAAAAAACAUCAAUAUGCUUUAGUCAUCCUACAGGAAAAUGCUGUAUGGGUUCGAGACUUCAGCUCCAAUCCAAGGGAGAUAAUAAAUUUGCUGGAUGACCUUGAGGACACCAGUCAGUGUGAGACACUAGAUAUUGGGUCCAUAUUUGAUAUCAUAAAUUCACGAGUAGAGUUGCCACAAGUGUCCGGUGAUCCUACUAUACUGCCACCCCCAUACAUUGUGAGAACCAUGCUGCUACUGGGACGAUCUCAAGGAACCAUCAACAUGUCUGACAAAGAGACCUUCCGGUUACUAGAUUCUUCUCCAUAUUUUUUUGUUGAUGCCCUGUAUGUUCAUGAGCCUCCCUCUGAAGACAACAAAUGUGAGGAAAUAUUUGACUGUAUUUGUGACUUGGAUGAAAAAGGACUGAGCUAUAUCUUUGAAGCCGCUAGAAAUCCAACAAAGUUAUAUGAUCAAAUGGCACAGCUGUUAGCUCAUCCCUUACAAAGACCUCUACAACGGGAUAUUGCUUACAGACUGCUAAACAUGGCUGACAUGGAAGUAUCCUCAUAACUUGUGACUUUGUGAAUGGGUUUUGAUUUCUCAAGAAUGGAUCAUGGUGGGCUGUACUGAAAAAUUAUCUUUGUUGUUUACUUUUAGUAAUGUACUUUACAGAAUGAAUUUAUUUAUAUUUUGUUUAUAGUAAAAUUUCUUUUUUAUUGUAUGAAGAAAAGCAAAAUGAGCUAUUUUUCUAGGUCAAAUUAAAAAAGGUUAAUUUCUCAAAAAAAUUUGUUUUCAAGGAAUUUUGACACUAAUUACAUUAUCUCUAUAAAGCUAUAAAACUUAAAAGUGACUUGUACAAAUAAACAUUUGUGCUUAUAAGGUAUUUAAAAACAAACUUUUUGCUUAGAUCAGCUUUUGCUACGAAGUGAUAUUGCACUAUCGUAUUCACCUCUCUACCUAUAUUGCAUAACAUGGUCACACAUUGUACUCUCAGUUUUUACUUGAAGAGAAAUCACCUAGAUUAGUAAAAUCUAUUGAUAUCAUACAGUAAGACUGGUGAGUAUCAUCUACGAAUCCUGAUUGAGAAUCUAUUUAAAAUGAUGCAUUAAUGAUUCUCAUAUUUCUAUGAAGUUUAGCUGGUGAUGAUAUAGAAAGUAUGACCUUGCUUUUAAGUGAUAAUAUCCUACCAUUAAGGAGGUUCUUGAACUGUCAGAUAUCAAAUGUGAACUCCGAAUUUCAUACAAAAUAAGCUCUUAUAUUUGAUUUAGCUUUGACAGUUUCAAUAAUUUUCAUAUAUUAUAUAUAUACAUGUAAUGACUGAAGUUUUUGUUCUUUAAUGAAUAAAUAAUGUAAAAGCCA